AUGAACAGUCUAUCUGGACAGCUACCAAGCUGUUUUGGGAACCUUUCUUCGUUGAGAGAAAUCUGUAUGUCAGAUAAUGAAUUCAAUGGUAACAUUGCUUCAAUUUUAUGGCUUCUUAAGGGUGUUAACCUGGUAGCACUGGACUUAUCUAGAAAUCAGCUUUCUGGAGAAAUUCCAAGCACCAUUUCACAGCUUGAGAAUCUAGUUAGACUAUCAUUGUCGAGUAACAAACUGAAAGGCCCCAUACUUGAAUCGCUUACGGCUUUGAAGGAUCUGCAAUACUUGGAUUUGUCCCACAACAAUCUCUCUGGUGUGAUUCCUAAGUCUAUGGAGGCACUUUCGCAUCUUCAUUACUUUGAUGUCUCGUUUAAUGGGCUUAGAGGUGAAAUUCCAGACAGAGGGUGUUAUGUCAACUUCACAUCUGAGUUUUUCAUUGUCCUUGUUAUUGGCCUGGUGUGGAAAUUUUCUGCAAGAAAGCCAUCUCCUUUGUCUGAUGAAGUUGGACAGGAUAAGUUUAGGGGGAUUUCAUAUCAAGCAAUCGUUUGUGCUACAGACAACUUUGAUGAUAGAAACAUGAUUGAUGUACAAGAUGCAUUGAAGAGCUUCCACAGAGUGCAGAGUAUUGAGCAAAUCCCCAUUGUCCAUUGUGACUUGAACCCGAAAAACAUCUUUCUUGGAGAUGAUUUGGUCGUACAUGUAGGCGACUUCGGGAUUUCCAAGUUCUUGAGUGAAGAAGAGAGAAUGCUACGUUCGAGGACUUUGGGUACUGUUGGAUAUGUUGCACCAGCUACGGGGUUUUUGCUGAUGGAAAUGCUUUCAAGAAGAAAGCCUACAGAUGAGAUGCUUUCAGGAGAGUUAUCCUUGAGGAGAUGGAUCUCUGAAUCAUUCCCUGAUUCAGUAUUGCAAAUUUUGGAUAAUGAGAUGCUGGACAAAGGCGAUGAAGAAGCUAGAGUUGUCUUCAGACCUUUCUUGACAUCAGCUAUUGAAUUGGCCCUAGAAUGCACAGCAGAUAUGCCCGAGGAGAGGCCUAGUAUCACAUAUGUUCUAAACAGGAUAACAGAUGUUCUAAGCAGCAUGAGAAAGAUCCUGAUCCAGUUAAAAAACCUAGGAAUGUCUCUCUCUCUCUCUCUCUCUCUCUCUUAUUGA